GCGAGGGGUUUGACGGGAUGGGGGUCAGAGCCAACAUGGAGACCUCAGUGAGAUGGGGGUGAAACUGCUGUUGCCGAUUACUCCUGUUCUCCCGUCGCAUCAUGUUGUUGCAUUUAUUUCGGGUCGGGAUUAGGAGCGGUCCUGUCGCAGGCAGGCCGCUACUCCUCCUCCGCUUCCAGACAUUCUCAGCCGUCAGGCACUCUGAUGGCCAGCACAGCUCCUACCUCCUCAGGGCCGUGGCCCAGCUGCGGUGCCAGCUCCGGGCCCGCCUCCCUCGAGCGCCCCCAGCUCCUGGCCGAAGCCUCUCUGCCUGGCGCUGGGUGGGGGGAGCCCUCCUGAGCCCCGUGGUGCUGAGCAAAUGCCCCCGCCUCUGCCUUGUGGCACUGUGUGAGGCAGAAGAGGCCCCUCCUGCCCGCUCCAAACCCUGUGUCGUGGAGUCCCGCUUCAACUGGAAGCUCUUCUGGCAGUUUCUGCAUCCUCACCUGCUGGUCCUGGGGGCCGCUGUCGUGCUGGCACUGGGUGCGGCACUGGUGAAUGUGCAGAUCCCCCUGCUCCUGGGCCAGCUGGUGGAGAUUGUGGCCAAGUACACACGGGAGCACGUGGGCAGCUUCAUGAAUGAGUCCCGGAAUCUCAGCACCAAACUGCUCCUCCUCUACGGCCUCCAGGGACUGCUGACCUUCGGGUACCUGGUACUGCUGUCCCGCGUCGGGGAGCGCAUGGCCCUGGACAUACGCAGGGCCCUCUUCAGCAACCUGCUCCGACAAGACAUUGCUUUCUUUGAUGCUAAAAAGACUGGGCAGCUGGUGAACCGAUUGACAACUGACGUGCAGGAGUUUAAAUCAUCCUUCAAACUUGUCAUCUCUCAGGGGCUGCGAAGCUGCACCCAGGUGGCUGGUUGCCUGGUGUCCCUGUCCAUGCUGUCCACACGCCUCACGCUGCUGCUGGCAGUGGCCACGCCCGCCCUGAUGGCAGUGGGCACCCUGAUGGGCUCGGCGCUGCGAAAAUUGUCUCGCCAGUGUCAGGAGCAGGUUGCCAGGGCGACAGGGGUAGCGGAUGAGGCGCUAGGCAACGUUCGGACCGUGCGAGCCUUCGCCAUGGAACAGCGGGAAGAAGAACGCUACGGAGCAGAGCUGGAGGGGUCUCGCUGCAAGGCAGAGGAGCUGGGGAGAGGCAUCGCCUUGUUCCAGGGGCUCUCCAACAUCGCCUUCAACUGCAUGGUUCUGGGCACCCUAUUUGUUGGGGGCUCCCUUGUGGCUGGACAGCAGCUGACAGGAGGGGACCUCAUGUCCUUCCUGGUGGCCUCCCAGACAGUGCAGAGGUCCAUGGCCAACCUCUCUGUCUUGUUUGGUCAGGUGGUGCGGGGCCUCAGUGCAGGUGCCCGGGUCUUCGAGUACAUGACACUGAGCCCCUGCAUCCCCCUGUCUGGGGGCAGCUGCAUCCCCAGGGAGCACCUGCGUGGGUCCAUCACAUUUCACAACGUCAGCUUCAGUUACCCCUGCCGCCCUGGCUUCCAGGUGCUCAGAGACUUUACCCUCACGCUACCCCCUGGCAAGAUCGUGGCCCUCGUGGGCCAGUCCGGUGGAGGAAAGACCACCGUGGCUUCCCUGCUCGAGCGCUUCUACGACCCCACAGCAGGCAUGGUGACGCUGGACGGGUGGGACCUGCGCACCCUCGACCCCUCCUGGCUCCGGGGCCAGGUCAUCGGUUUCAUCAGCCAGGAACCAGUCCUGUUUGGAACCACAAUCAUGGAGAACAUCCGUUUCGGGAAGCUGGGUGCCUCCGAUGAAGAGGUUUACGCGGCUGCGCGGGAAGCCAACGCUCACGAGUUCAUCACCAGCUUCCCGGAGGGGUACCACACCGUCGUCGGUGAGCGGGGUGCCACCCUGUCUGGCGGCCAGAAGCAGCGCCUGGCCAUCGCCCGCGCCCUCAUCAAGCAGCCGGCGGUGCUGAUCCUGGACGAGGCGACGAGCGCCCUGGACUCGGAGUCUGAGCGGGUGGUGCAGGAGGCCCUGGACCGCGCCAGCACCGGCCGCACCGUGCUGGUCAUCGCCCACCGGCUCAGCACCGUCCGCGGGGCCCACCACAUCGUCGUCAUGGCCCACGGCCGGGUCUGUGAGGCCGGGACCCAUGAAGAGCUCCUGAGGAAAGGUGGGCUGUAUGCCGAGCUCAUCCGCAGACAGGCCGUGGAUGGCCCACCUCCUGGGGCCCCCGGACGCCCCAGGAACCACCACCCCAAUUCCUGAGAGCAGCCCCCUGCAGUCUGGUCACUGCUGAGCGUCAAAGCCUGGGGCCAGGGACUGAGUCCCCAGCAGGGCCAGCGUGCUGGGCUGUGGCUGUCCUCCCAAUAAAACCCCAGCCAAGCGCUGGGCUCGGAGGAGGUCGGGAUUGCUCCCAUCUACUCCCUCUCCUGCCGCCAGGCUGCCACCCUCCUGCCAGAGCCACUGAGUCAUUGGUCUGCACAAGGGAAGAGGCACAGUCCCCAGGUCCUUGCUCUGUUCCCUCCCUCUGCCCAGACCUCCCCCAGCCCCUCUCGGAAACUGCGGAGUCUCUCCUCUACCUGACAGCCUAAAGGCACCCAGGCCCCAGCUCCGGAGAGCACACCCAGGGUCAGGGAGUGGUAGGAAAUUCUCACCGGGGUUCUUCCCCACACCCGUGCCAGGACCUCACUUUCCCAGGCUGGCUCCUGACACCCCUCUUUCCCCACCGUCUCUCGUGGCCCUGGGAGAAGGAGCUCACCCCUUGGGCCAACCCCUUGAACCCACAGUCCCCAUCCUCAGAACAAUUUCUCUUCCUUCACACGGUCCUUAUUUCUAGAGUUCGCCCUCCCGUCAUCCCAAUGGGACAGAUGCCUAAUAGGCCGCAGCCCCCGGGAGGAGGAAGGGGCCGCAAGUGCUCUGUGGUCCAGCCUGGCGGUCUCACCACUGCCCCGCCUCCCCAACCCCGAGUCUGUCACGUGGCCAGUUUGUGGGCAGCCCCCUUCAUUGUGAAGACACCAGCUUGGAAGGGGACAGAGAAGGCAUUUGGGACACAGCCCAAACUCCAGCCGCGGGGCACAUAGUGCCAACAGUCACCAAGGUCAC